GGGGCGUGGGGACGAAGCCCUAUCUAGGCAGCUGGACACCAGGAGCCGAGGGCACCGCAACUGGCCACACCGUGCCCCCCUCUGCCGCAGCCAGGAUGGUCCUGAGGGCGGCUCAGACAGGCCUUGUGGUCCUGGUGCUGCUCCAGAGCUGUUCUGCAUACAAACUGGUCUGCUACUAUACCAGCUGGUCCCAGUACCGGGAGGGUGAGGGGAGCUGCCUCCCAGAUGCCAUCGACCCCUUCCUCUGCACCCACAUCAUCUACAGCUUUGCCAACAUAAGCAACGAUGAGAUUGACACCUGGGAGUGGAACGAUGUCACACUCUACGAUACGCUCAACACGCUCAAGAACAGGAACCCCAACCUGAAGACCCUUCUGUCCGUGGGAGGAUGGAGCUUUGGGUCUCAAAGAUUUUCCAAAAUAGCCUCCAAGACCCAGAGUCGUAGGACUUUCAUCAAGUCGGUGCCGCCAUUUCUGCGAACCCAUGGCUUUGAUGGGCUGGACCUGGCCUGGAUCCACCCUGGGAGGAGAGACAAGCGCUACUUCACCACCCUGGUCAAGGAAAUGAAGGCUGAGUUUGCAAGGGAAGCCCAGACGGGAACAGAGCAGCUCCUGCUAAGCGCGGCCGUGUCUGCAGGGAAGGUAGCCAUCGACAAUGGCUAUGAUAUCGCCCAGAUAUCCCAACACCUGGACUUCAUCAACGUUAUGAGCUAUGACUUUCACGGAGCCUGGCGUCAGACCACAGGGCAUCACAGCCCCCUGUUCCGAGGCCAGGAGGACGCAAGCGCUGACAGAUUCAACAAUGCCGACUACGCCGUGGGCUACAUGCUGAGACUGAGGGCCCCAGCCAAUAAGCUGGUGAUGGGCAUCCCCACCUUUGGGAGGACUUUCACUCUGGCCUCCUCCAAGACGGGUGUGGGUGCCCCCAUCUCCGGGCCCGGAUUACCAGGCCGGUUCACCAAGGAGGAGGGGAUCCUGGCCUACUAUGAGAUCUGUGACUUCCUCAACGGAGCCACGGUCCAGAGACUCUCCGGCCAGAAGGUCCCCUAUGCCACCAAGGGCAACCAGUGGGUGGGGUACGAUGACCAGGAGAGCGUCAAAAACAAGGUGCAGUACCUGAGGAGCAGGCAGCUGGCUGGUGCCAUGGUGUGGGCUGUGGAUCUGGAUGACUUCCGGGGAAGCUUCUGUGGCAAGGGUCUGCACUUCCCUCUCACCACUGCCAUCAGGGAUGCACUUGCUGCGGCUUAGCCCUUGCCCUGCACAUGCUGGGCAGGGGGGCCCCUCCCCCUUACUCCAGCUGGCCAGGAGCCUGCUCGCCCACCCUGCUGAGUCCCCAACUAAGCCUCAGUCUCCCUCCCUUGAACCCCAUGCAGAGGGCCACCGUAGAGCCAUCUGGGCUCAGCUUUAGUGGACAAGCAGGUAGAGGCAGGGCCGUGGGCAGGUAAGGCCUGGGGGCCACACGUGGGGCAGCACACACCUGCUGACUUAUGAAAAUGCUCAACGACCCCAGCCCCAUACAAGGGGAUUUCUUCAACUCCCUUACCCCCAGGCCUCCUCACCAAAGGACCCCAUUUUGGCCCACUCUCCAACUGAGGAGCCAAACAUCACUCUCAGAGCAGCGGCCACACUGAUUACACCCUCUGUGAAGCCCAACUUGAACCCUGCACCCAGGAAUGUUACCACGUCUCCCCUCCUACUUCCCUUUCCCAAUUGCCCAGCAGCUGCUCAAUAAAGCACCAGAGGUUAGCAGUA